AUGGAGACAUUGAUCACCGCGCUCGCUAGAAAGAUUUAUAAGGACAUGAUUGAUUAUGUAGAGAGCAAAAAGGGCUCGAAAAGUAAGAAUUUCCGCCCUGUGAUUGUUGUUGAUCACUGUGCAGCUUUGGGCGAGGACAAAUGGAUUGACCUCCAGAUAAGGGAAGCUUGUCUACAGUGCUUCAAACCAUGCACAAGGUGUGUUCUCACCACAAUUGAUCCUUCCACUGGCGUUAAGGGCAAUAAGCUGCAAGCAUUGAAGAAGCUGCAACAGUGGAUCGUGUACUUCGGCAUUCUUGACCGUUAUUUGAUCAAUCUGUUAAGAUUUCGACUUUCACCUGAAGGUCCUAUGCGACAACAAUUCAAAGAUUCACCCAUUUUUUGA